CAUUUAAGCGGCCCUGUUUGAGAAAAUAAAGUUACCAUAAAUUAUGGGGACUACACAGCUAUUGUCUUCUGUACUGGAGUCCAUUAAUUUGACCACCUCAAAUUAGUUUACAACUUGCUUGGCUUUGUUAAUCAGUGUGUUGUCCCGGGUGGAUGACAGAGAUGUCCAUCUAUUGGCCAAGACCAAGAGGGCACGUCAUCUCCAUCAAUCAGAGAUCUCCAGGGCAUGUCCCUCUGACUGUCUAUGGUCGCUAUCUCGGUCCAUCCAUGCGUUAUUGGAUGUUAGCUAGAGGCCACCUGUCCAUGAGUCCUAUAACCGUUUGACCGAUCCAAUGAUUAUGCAUAGGUGAUAAUGAAUUUGUAUCAAGAGUUAAUGUGCGAUUGGGAGAGUAGCGCUAUGUUCGUAGGGGGCUACCGACCAGGGGAGGUCAGGAUAGGUGACUUGGAUCAGAUAAUUUCUCCAGAACUUGGAGCUGACAAUGAGGGUAACUCUUUAUCAGAGGUUGGCACGGGAUAUUCAUUACAACACAGUUCCCCGUCUUUCUCCGGUGCCAAUUCUGCAACCGACUGCACGGUAACUCAGCUCCCGGUCUACUCAGGCUCGAGCAGCUCUCCCCUGACACAGAGUCAGGGCUUUUCAACCACGCCACCGGCCUGCCUCCACUACUCUCGUCUCCCCUCCUACCUCCGGGCGCAGGAGCACGACUUCCCGGGACUUGGAUACUCCUCUUCCACACACAACACCAGGACUGAGGCGCUGGCGCACGCAGAAUUCGGGUCUAUAAAUGCGCACAUUAAAAUCUACACUCAUGAUGGGCCUAAUAUUCACUUUGCUCUUGUGGACAGUAGCUCUCACCCGGACCCCAAGUGUAAGGUAUCUGAACUAAGUCACAAGAGCAAAACUUUUGAUUGGAUGAACGUGAAGAAGAGAAGUCAACCUCGGACGGCCAAGAUGCACAUGGCCUGUGGAUUAAGUAUAGUUGCUCCGGGCGUCAGUAUGGACAGAGGAGGUGGCGGUAAAUACAGCAUUCCCACCGAUGGGCAUCAUAUUACCCCUAACGGGGUACUAAGGACCAACUUCACCACCAAACAGCUCACAGAGCUCGAGAAGGAGUUCCACUUCAACAAGUACCUGACGCGCGCCAGACGCGUGGAGAUCGCGAGCGCCCUGCAGCUGAGCGAGACGCAGGUGAAGAUUUGGUUCCAGAACCGGCGCAUGAAACAGAAGAAAUUAAUGCGCGAAGGCCUUCUUCCCGUGGCCUGUCCCAUACUCGAGCUGCUCAGAAAGCUCACGCUCCAACAGCCUGGACACUUAUUCCUCUCCUGGACAACUUGAACCGACCUAAUGCUCUCCCAAACACCUGCCGCCCCCUAACACUGAACUAAAGGAACUUUCUCAUACAUUACAAAACAAGCUGUGUAAUAGUGACAGACAGUAUCACCAACAUGCAGGUUCUUUGAUUCCCCAUUAGGAGGAACUUCUGCCUAAUUGGCUAAUCAGGGUCAUGUUGUUUUUCACUAAAAAGCACGGAAAGCAGGGUAAGUUUUGUGAACUCCAGAAUGAGUUAUUGUAAAUGUUUGACUCCUAAUUGUAGAGGCGCACGUAGGUCUACCUGAGACUUUUAAUUGGAGUAGCCUAUUCAAGAGGACAUUUGAGUUCCGCUCACUUGUCAGGUGAAAUAAUAAUGAUUAAUGCACUUUAUGAGUUUAUACCAAAUAACAUAACUUUAUUCAGACAACCAAUAUUAUUAUAUUUAUUUGUGUAUUUAGUAGGCCUACUAAACUUAUUGAUUUAGUUAUUUAUUGUCUCUUGCAUGUCAUUAAAGCAUCAUUACAAGAACGUUGUGGCCAGCUCUUUCUUCGGAACAGCUUACUUAAAUGUUCUUGACUAAAACGUCUACAUUUCCGUCAGGGUUUAUUUUGUUUUAAAAUAACAUCCAAUUCAUAAAAAAUAUUCGUGUGGGGUUUCUAGGCUCGCAUAAGGCUGAAAGCUAUUUCCAAAAUCAUUUAUGUCAAUAGCCUAUCUAAAGUAAAUACAUUUAGUUUAUACACAUUUUGAAUAACUUAAAAGUUAUUUGAAUUGUACUAUGUUAUAUUUCCGUAUUUCAUGUCCUUGAA